UCUGCCAGGGAUUCUGAGCUGGGCUGGGUGGUUCAUCCCUCCUCCGAAGCCCUGGUACCCGCAGCCCUGUCUCCUCCCCCUUGGGGUGAAUCCACCCUCCUUUACAGCCUCUUUUUUUUCUGACCAGCUCAUUUAUUCUCCAGCGCUGAGAACUAGGCAGAGCCUCUGAGGAACCCAUCCCCCUGCUCCACUCUCCACCUGCUCCGCUAGCCCUCUGGGUGCAAGGCUGUCCUACCGGCAAACGGUCUCGGUGGACUUCCUCUCUGAGCAUCGGACCCUCUGCCAUUCCAGCCUCCCAUGCCGAGGCCCACUCUGUCAGUCACUGCUUUUUGUCAUCGGCUUGGCAAACGGGAGAGCAAACGAAGCUUCAUGGGAAACAGCAGCAACAGUUGGGCUCUUCCCCGGGAGGAAGCACAAGGCCGGAUGGGCCAGGCUGUGCAGGGAGGGACCAGGACAAGCAGGUCCCAUGCAUCAUUCCCCAAGCUGGAGCUGGGCCUGGGACAACGUCCCUCCCCACCCCGGGAGCCGCCUACCUGCUCCAUCUGUCUGGAAAGGCUUCGAGAGCCCAUCUCACUGGACUGUGGCCAUGACUUCUGCGUUCGGUGCUUCAGCACACAUCGAAUCCCGGGAUGUGAGCCACCAUGCUGCCCCGAGUGCCGGAAAAUCUGCAAGCAAAAGAAGGGCCUCCGCAGCCUAGGGGAGAGGAUGAAGCUCCUGCCUCAGCGGCCGCUGCCCCCUGCACUGCAGGAGACCUGUGCUGUGAGGGCAGAGCGGCUGCUGUUGGUGCGUAUCAAUGCCUCUGGAGGCCUCAUCCUCAGGAUGGGGGCCAUAAACCGCUGUCUGAAGCAUCCCCUGGCCAGGGACACACCUGUCUGUUUACUUGCUGUCCUGGGAGAGCAGCACUCAGGAAAGUCCUUCCUUCUGGACCACUUGCUCAGAGGCUUACCAGGCCUGGAAUCAGGUGACAGUGGCAGGCCCAGAACAGAGGGGUCCCUGCCUGGGGUCAGAUGGGGUGCCAAUGGCCUUACCAGGGGCAUCUGGAUGUGGAGUCAUCCCUUUCUGCUGGGAAAAGAAGGGAAGAAGGUGGCUGUGUUCUUAGUGGACACAGGAGACGUCAUGAGCCCAGAACUGAGCAGGGAAACAAGGGUCAAGCUCUGCGCUCUCACCAUGAUGCUCAGCUCCUACCAGAUUCUGAACACCUCCCAAGAGCUGAAGGACGCAGACCUGGGCUAUCUAGAGAUGUUCGUUCACGUGGCGGAGGUGAUGGGCAAGCAUUAUGGGAUGGUGCCAAUCCAGCAUCUGGACCUCUUAGUUCGUGACUCUUCCCAUCACAAUAAGUCAGGGCCAGGGCACGUGGGUGACAUACUCCAGAAGCUGUCCGGCAAAUACCCCAAGGUCCAGGAGCUGCUCCUAGGGAAACGGGCCCGCUGUUACCUCCUGCCUGCUCCUGAGAGGCAGUGGGUAAACAAAGGCCAAGCAAGCCCAGGAGGCAACACAGAAGAUGACUUCUCCCACCUCUUCCGGGCCUACAUCUCAGAUGUGCUGAGCACAGCACCCCAGCAUGCCAAGAGCCGCUGCCAGGGCUACUGGAGUGAGGGGCGUGCCAUGGCCAGGGGGGACAGACGCCUGCUCACAGGGCAGCAGCUGGCGCAGGAGAUCAAGAACCUCUCAGGCUGGAUGGGGAAAACCGGGCCCAGUUUCAGCUCUCCAGAUGAGAUGGCUGCUCAGCUUCAUGACCUGAGGAAAGUGGAAGCUGCCAAGAAGGAGUUUGAGGAAUACGUGAGGCAGCAGGAUAUGGCCACUAAGCGCAUCUUCUCUGCGCUCCGAGUCCUGCCUGACACCAUGCGGAACCUCCUCUCGACCCAGAAGGAUGCCAUCUUGGCCCGUCAUGGUGUGGCCUUGUUGUGCAAGGAGAGAGAGCAGACCCUCGAGGCCCUGGAAGCCGAGCUGCAGGCGGAGGCCAAGGCCUUCAUGGACUCCUACACCAUGCGCUUCUGUGGCCACCUGGCCGCCGUCGGGGGCGCUGUAGGUGCUGGGCUCAUGGGCCUGGCAGGGGGCGUGGUGGGUGCAGGCAUGGCAGCAGCCGCAUUGGCUGCGGAGGCUGGGAUGGUGGCCGCUGGGGCAGCGGUGGGGGCCACUGGGGCUGCUGUAGUUGGGGGUGGGGUGGGUGCUGGCCUGGCUGCUACCGUGGGCUGCAUGGAGAAAGAGGAAGAUGAGAGGGUCCCGGGGGGAGACCGAGAACCCCUUCUCCAGGAAGAGUAACAGCUAGGAGACGCUGAAGGGCGAAAGAGAUGAAGGGCAAGGGGAAGGAUGUGGCCAUGCCAGGGAUUCGGAGGGGACCACAUCAUAGUGGCCCUGUUGAGUGCCCCAUGUCAUUCACUGACUGAGCUGGGGGUUUUAAGCUGAGUCCAGGAACCUGGCGAGGCUUUCUGGCCAGGAGGCUGUGCUUGGGGUGCAGUAGACAGGGCGUGAAGCCUGUUUCUGGCUGUGGAUAAUUGCUACUCACUGGAGCCCAGGAUCUCCCACCAUAAAUAAGGCUCCACUCGCCCCACCCUACUCCAGUUUAUUUCCCCCGGAGGGCCCUGUCCUUUUUACAGUUGGGACAGGUCCCAGGAUGACUGACUUUGGAGCUGGGGGCUCUGACAGGGAGGAAGAGGACGGACCACAGGACAGAGAUGGGUACUGACGGACUGAGGGAAGUAACCCUGGAGCAGCGACUUGGUCCCAAAACUGCUCCAGAAGGACAGGCGGGGCCGGCCUCACUGCUCUUCAGCUGGGUGUCCAGAUGUGUGUCCUGAACCGCCCCGUACCCCAGUCUCCUGCAGUCCUCCUGGGCCUGGGCCCCAUGCCAAACCCAUUUGGAUGGAUCAAGGCGGAUUAAAUGCCAAAGAACCACACCUCUGAUUGCAGUCUGCUAAGGCAGUCGACCAGGUUCUGCCAGCGUCUGGUAGGGGAAAACAGAGGAAAUGAGUUCAGUCCUUAAACAAGGCCCCUCUCCCUUGAGCUGUGGGCCCUCUGUGCCACGUUGUAAGGCCUCCUUGAUGUAGCUCUUCACAACAAGCCCCCAGGGAGUCUCUCUCUGGGGGGGAUGGAAAUUUCUAAGGAGACCUCUGGGCUAUUAAACUGUAAAGGAUGUUGGGCACACGACCCUUUAUUUUAUAUAAGAAUAAAAUGUGUGUGUGAAUGGCA